CAUGUUGAUGCGGUCGCAUAAUUAAUGCGCGAGAUUUAAAUUCGUGUUUCACACAUCAGCAGCAAUUCUGCAGCAUAUUUGCCGCAAAUUGGCAAAAUGUUGAGCUGAAACAACUUUCGCAUUUCCAUUGAAAGGAACAAUUACGAUGGCUGUACAUGAGCAGAAGUUGAUGUCGGGUUCGCAAUUGGAGAACACCAUGAACACGAACGCUUCCGUGCUUCUCGGCUCGACUGCCGAGCUUGAAGUUGAACUCGGCGAACCAAAACUAGCAGCAGAACGAUUGCUGAUAGACGAGCUGGAUGAUGAAGAUGAAGAAAUCUUCUUUGGACCUAUGACUGAUAAGGAGAAACUAAAAUCCAGGAAGAUGCGAAGAAAGACAGAAGUUUUCAAGCCUGGGUUCCGAAGCAAGUGUGGUAAAGAGAAGGAAGAGGACAAAGAGGGGGAAGAGGAAGACUUGGCUGAAGUUAAAAGUUCACUGGAAAUGGUUCAUGAUGAUGUCCUUCAUCUUGAUGGUAGUGAGGGAAGUUGUUUUGUUGAUUUGCCACCUUUGAUGUCAUCACAGAGCAUCUUCCCUGUAGAACUAGAAAGUGACAUUGGCUCUCCUGGUACAAAGAAUGGAGAAAUUUCAAAAGAGGAUUCAGCAAGUAUCACGGGCCCGUUCACACACCAUACACCAUUACCCAGUAUGAAGAAUGUUAGGAAUUCAGAAUCAGAUGUCAGUGUGAAUGCACCACCAUUUAGUCUGGUCACUGUGUCCCCGCAAGCAGAAGCUGCAGUGAUGAGUGAGGGUUACUGUUCUUGCAGUGUGGAGCUUUUCAAUGCUGCAGAGAGUGCAACUAGGGAUGAUUCAACUGACACUGAGACUGUGGGCAUGGAGCAAGGAGCAAGUAAGGAUGCCAACUUGGUAUCAUUCUCGUUAUUGCAACCAGAGGAAACAAAAUUAAGCAGUUGUGACAAAUCUGGAGGUGUUAGUCCAAAGCAGUCUUCUAAAGAUGACCUUGAUGAGCCAUUGGAAGAUGAAGGAACUGAUAAAAUGGAUUCUGCAGCAGCAUCCCAACACCAGCCAAUGCCAACUGAUCAAGUCAAAUCCUCUUCCUUGCCAGAAAUGAAACCAACUAUACUAUUGAAACCAACCCCAUGUUUGCCUUCUGGACAGAGCACCAUUAUUUAUUCAAGCCCAUUGUUAAUUCCAACAACUGUACAAAGAGUCCAAAUGCAGCAGCCAGUUUGUGCUGACAACAUUAAUCUCAUUCCUGUACAUGUACCUACGUAUAAGGUUGAGGGAAUGGACAAUUUACAAGCAGGAAUGGAUGUGGCCCGUCAAACAAAUCACUGUUCAGUGGAUGAAAAUUCUGUUCCAUCUUCUUUUUACCAUGGGAACUCUGCCUUUGGAAAACCAGCGAUGAAAGGGGAUGUCCUGUCUGCCUCUCAAGCAGCCAGAGGGUUUACCCAGAAUCAGGACUUGCUGGCCACCCCAGGAUCAGUCCCACAGUUUCAGCAACCAUCAGAUGUCAAAAAUUCAUGCCAAGCAACUGACAGUGAGCAAGGUGUCUGCACUUCUUCAGCAAACAUGCUGCAUAAGGAAAAUGUCAAUCCAGUUCAUCAAUCGAACACACUACAGGCAUCUUCUGACCCUUCUGCCAAGUUUCAGGUACUAUCCUCUAUCUCUUCACCAGGAGUGUCUGCUCUCGGUAACAAGCAGUUCCUGAAUUUUCCACCAGUUGAUGUGCAGCAGGCAGCAUCACCUAGAGUUCUCCAAGUUUCCAACAGGCCGACGUGUCCUGGGUCACCCUCUGCUGCUAGUCGUCAGCGGUUGAUUGACGAGAAGAGAGCCCUCUUGGCCCGCCUGAGAGCAGAGAAGCAGGAACUUCAGCAGCGAAUAAAAGAAGAUAAUGAGAAGUGCUUCAACAUGAAGCUUGAGAAUGCGGCUGCUCUACAGAGUAACAUGGCCAGAGGGAUGACUCCAAUGUUUGAUCGGUUACCAGCCCAAGGGUGUGACGGUCCUGCCGCCCUUACACUGACUGAACGUGAAUUGGAGGUGGUGACCAAGCUGCAUACCAUUAGGAAUAGUCAGCAUACUGCGUCAGACCAUACACAGUCUCCCUGUCAACAAGAUAUCCACCACAGAGAUCACUCUCGUCUUCACUGGCAUGAGGAUUUGAUAAUAAACAUUGAAGAGUUGUCAAGUCCCAGCCGACCUCGAUGUAAGGCAAAGACUAUCCUCUCAAAGAAAUGCCACAAUUCCAACAGAAAAGGGACUGGUCUGAAGCAGUCAUCAUCAGUGCAUUCUGGACAGCCUCGAGCCAGACAGCAUCUCCUGUUUUGAAUUAAGAGGGGCUUGGACCAAGCACUUCCUAGCUGAUCACUGAAGGAGAAUGACAGGUCUUAGUGAGCUGAUGAUUCCAUGUCCAGGCCAAUUAAAAGAAUGCUAAGUCAAUAACUAUCUUCGCUGCAUUCCUGAAAGCCUUGAGCCUGGCAUCUCUUGUGGGCCUAAUUGUUUUAUAGAACAGGGGCCUGUUUCAAAAAAACUUUUUAUAUUUACAAAUUUUCAGUUAGUGAAAAGCUACUGAAAUCCAUUGUGAUUGGUUGAUAGUAAACCUGUUAUAAAAAUUGUGCAUUAGUUAUUAUAACAGUCUUUAUGAAAAGGGACCCUGCACCAAAGCCUUGCUUGCUGAUCUGAGAUAGAGAGCAGAAGAAGCUUGGCUGUUCUUUAUCAGCAGACAAUUCACAGAAUCUAUAGUAGACUAAUUGAAACACUUUAAUCAUGGAAUAAAAAUAGAGAAGAGGGAGUAUGUGUCUGGAAACCUUUACCUUGGACAGUUUUUGGCCAACACACUCUGCAACAGAUCGUUUAAUAUCAAGGACAUUCCAAAUAUUAUUCUUCAAAUGUCAUCAUUAUGUAUAUGAUACCCUCAAUCCAGACAACCUAUGUUUUGAACCUGUAAAUAGUCUUUGAUCUAAGAGUGAAAUUGAGAGCUUCCUGUGCAGAUUCAAUGUCCAGAGUCAGUCACAAAGAAUUAAUCAUCGACUUCCAUAGCUCAAUUCUAGACAGCCUAGAGCCAGGUAACAGCUACAUGUAGCAGAGGCUGAUAUUUAAUCCUUUGGGAUAAUCAUGUCAAAAUUUGUUUAUUAAGUUAUAAACUGGGGUGCUGAAUCACUUUGGAUUCAAAAUGACAAACAUAUAAAAUUGCAUUUUGGCCAAUAUCUUGUGAGCAUUGCCAAAGAGGUUCUCUACCACAAUGUGUCGUGAUGCAGAAAGGUAAAUUUGGCAAAGUUGAGGGUCUUAGGAAAGGCAAAUUCUUUAGCUUCAGAAAUUGUAAUUCUCUGGAAUUGAAAUUUAGGGUUGUAAAUGUAAGACCUGACAAUGGAACAUAAUAGUGUGCCUCUUCCUUGAACAAAAUAUUGAUUCUGGGUGUCUAA